AUGGAGUUCGUCACCGCCCUCCGGAGCACCUUUGACGACCACAAGCCGUCGCUAUUCGAAGUGCUCUCCGAGCAGCAGCUCAGCGGGCUGCUGCCGCCCACGCUGCGCUACCUGCUGACCGUCGCGACGCACCGGCACCCGCGGUACCUGCUGCGCGUGCUCAACUCGUUCGAUGAGCUCUACGCGCUGCUCAUGCUGCUCGUCGAGCGCCACUACCUCCGCACCCGCGGCGGCUCCUUCACCGAGCACUUUUACGGGCUUAAGCGCGAGCGGGCCCUGCGCGCCGAGCUGCCCCGCGCCGGCCUCGCCGCGCCGCACGUCGUCCGCGACGCCCUCCGCCUUUCCACCCGCGACGUCUGGACCAACCUUGCCGUGCUCGUCGGCGUGCCGUACCUGCGCCGCAAGCUCGACGAGGCGCACGAGGUCAACGCACCCCGCGCCCUGCUCGGCGCCGCGUACACGCGCAUGCCAGAGAACCCGACCCUGCGCGACCGCUUCGUCCACUACUACAGAUGGUUCCUGACCAACAUAUACCCCUCGGUCAACGCCGCGUACUACUUCGCCGUCCUGGCGUUCAACCUGGGGUACCUCUUUGACCGCACAAAGUACCACAGCCCGCUCAUAUGGCUCAUCGGCACCCGCCUCCGCCGCAUGACCGCCGCCGACUACCAGGCCAUCGACGCCCUGUCGGCCAAGUCCAAGGCCGACGGCCGCCCUGGGGGCCAGUCCUUCUUCUCGCCCCGAAACCUUGGCGCUACGGCACUCUCAAGUCUGUCUGUCGCGCUGCCCAUGAGCAUCUUCGCGCUCAAGUUCCUCGAGUGGUGGUACCAGUCCGACUUUGCCAAGCAGCUCUCGCGCAAGGCCACAGAGAAUAUUGAGCUGCCCCCGCCCAUAAUUUCCGGCCUUCUUGCGAAGCACCUCAAGAAGAAGCCCGAUCCGGCGACAUCAGACGAGAAACAACAGCAGGUGGACGAUGAGGCGGAGACGGAAAUUACAGCCAAGGACGCGCCCGUCGCCAAGAUCUCGCGGUUACCGAUCCACGUCGUCGCGUUCCCGCAAGACUCGUCGUGCUGUCCCAUCUGCCUCGAGGACAUUGUCACCCCGACGGCCUGCCAGACCGGCGUCGUCUACUGCUAUACGUGCAUUCACAGGUGGAUCGAGGGCUUGCACCCCAAGCAGGAGGCCUUCAUGGAGGGCAAAGACAGCCAGUGGGAGAGCGGACAGGGUCGCUGCGCUGUCACUGGCAGGCGAGUCCUCGGCGGCACAGAGGGUCUGCGGCGGAUCAUGGUCUGA